AUGCAGGGGCUUAGGCACAUGAUAGGAGUUGCUCUCGCGCUCCUAGCUCCAUCUGUAAAAGCAUCAUCCUGCAAUAAUAAAGGAAAAUCACUCACCGUGGCGACCACAAGCGGCGAGGUAUCAGGUUUCAUCAACUCGACUGCUCCCCAAGUGCGCCAGUUCUUGGGCAUCCCGUAUGCUGAGGCACCCCUAAAUUCCCUUCGGUUCCAGCCGCCGCAGCCCAAGAAGGAUGCCGGCCCUAUAAAUGCAACAUCCUAUCCUCCGGCCUGCAUGCAACAAAUCAGUACUGCUCCGACUGUGUACUCGACUUAUAUGCAGCAAUUUCUCAUCAAUGGCGGGCAAUCUGAAGAUUGCUUAUAUGUUAAUGUCUACGCCCCACUCCACCCUACUGGGGCCAACUUGCCAGUAUUCAUCUACGUUCCAGGAGGGGGGUUCACCACUGGCGGCUCAAAUUCUCUGUACAAGAUCCCAGACCAGUGGAUUCAACGCACACAAUCUCACAUUGUCGUUAUUAUGAACUACCGUCUCAACCUCUUUGGCUUCCCCAAUGCGGAGGGCGCGCAUCAGAACGUGGGCCUCUUGGAUCAGAGAGCGGUGGUUGAAUGGACUCGUGAUAACAUUGCUGCUUUUGGAGGCAACCCCGAACAGAUGGUACUUUGGGGCCAAUCCGCUGGUGCUGCUUCUGUUGGUCACUACGGAUAUACCUAUCCGAACGACCUCAUUGUCAAGGGUUUGAUCUCUGAUUCCGGUGCACCGUCGAUCUUGAGCAAGACAUUCGGAAACUUCACAAGCUUCAGCACCUUAGCCGGAUUGGUGGGUUGUGGAGACCUUGAUGCCACUGGAGAGCUUGAGUGCAUGCAGAAGGUGGAUGCCCAGACGCUGGAAAGCGUGUCUUCUAAUCAUACCAGCAUCAUCUCGUUCUCUCCAGUAGCAGACAACGUAACCGCCUUCUCCAACACGACAGAUCGCUUGGCGAACGGUUUGGUUGCCAAAGUGCCCUGGAUCAUGGGCAGUAAUGCCAACGAAGGGGCAGGAUUUGGCACCUUUAAUGCCAGCGGCAUGUCCGAGGCCCAAUUUCAGAUUGGUCUUUCAGCCAUCACCUGUCCCGUCGUCAAAGAGAUAAAAGCGCGGGAGCAAUUUGGAUACAGCACGUAUCAGUACUUCUAUUCUGGCAACUUCUCCAACAUCUCUCCAUUACCCUGGAUAGGUGCUACACACAGCUCUGAACUUCCGCUGCUUUUCGGAACCCACUACUUAUACCGUGGAAACUCGACUGAAUUUGAGUGGGAAACUAGUUAUGGAAUGGAAGCUUUAUGGCUCUCAUUUGCCUCCAAUCCAGAGACUGAUCCCAUCGAUGGCCAAGGAGUAACAUGGCCGAAGUAUAGGUCGAAUACUAGCAGCAUGGCUCAAUUCGCUGCUGAUGAUCGAUGGAUUCAAGGGAGGGUAUUUUCAAUCCUGGAAAUGAGCCAGCAUACCAUUGGCCUCUCUCAAAAUCGCGUGCUCGCAGUCUAUCGGCCAUCUAGUGUCUCAAUGGCUCAUUCUGAAAGUUAUGCCAUUGCAUCAUGGGGUCAAGCAUCAUCAAACGUGAAUCAGAUGGCCCCUUCCAUUGCGGAAUUUGCCCCUGGCCUGGACGUGUUGAAUGCGCGAGCCGACGCUAAGCUCUCACAAGCAUUCGAUUCUGCUCAGCACGCCUCGUACAAAUAUCGUGACUACUUGCCGGUAUACGAUGAGACCACUACUUUUCCCGCAACUGAGCCGUUCGAGUUCAGUGACCGGGGUCACCUAGCAGACGCUGCCAAGCCUAAUCUCCUGGACUUGAAAGACCCAAAUGUUCAAGUCACAAAACUCACACCAAGAGUUGGAACGGAGUUCAGGGGAGUUCAGCUCUCUCAGUUGACUGAUACCCAGAAGAACGAGCUAGCUCUCCUUAUUGCAGAAAGGGGUGUCGUGGUAUUUCGUGACCAAGACUUCAAAGACAUCGGGGUUCAGAAACAGAAAGAAUUCGGGGAAUACUUCGGACGCCUCCAUGUUCAUCCUGUAGGAGCCCACGUCGAAGGCGCUCUCGAGUUUCAUAAUAUCUACUUAGGGCCUGACAACCUUUAUCGGGCGCAACUGCGCUCUAGCAAGUUGAGCACAACGGGUUACCAUUCUGAUGUGUCCUACGAGCACCAGCCUCCAGGCAUUACAAUUUUGACACUUCUUGCUGUGCCUUCGACGGGAGGUGACACGGGGUGGACAUCCCAAGUCGCUGCCUAUGAGCGCCUAUCGAAACCGAUCAAGCUGCUUCUCGAGGGGCUUCGGGCAGAACACAGUGGCUUUCCUCAAGCUGACAACGCACGCAGGGAUGGGAAGCAUGUUCGGAGAGAGCCAGUCAAGUCUGACCACCCAAUCGUGCGGGUUCAUCCCGUUACGGGCCAGAAAGCGCUGUUCGUGAACCCGGGUUUCACCAAGAAAAUCAUUGGCCUUAAGGAUGAAGAGUCUGACGCCAUUUUGCAACUGCUCUUCAAGCACAUCUCGCAGAGCCAAGACGUUCAAGUCCGUGUCAAGUGGGAGGAGGGGACAGUGGCGCUGUGGGAUAACCGGGUCACGGCUCACACUGCUAUCUCGGAUUACGACGUCUACAACGAGGAAGAAGGGUUGCGUCACGGCUUUCGAAUCACAACCCUAGGUGAAAAGCCGGCGGGUGUGGAUGGUCUGGAGACGACGUGGUGA